UAUGAAGUUAAUCUACUGGUAGAUAUUGCCUAAUUUUGUUUAAAAAUACCCUGGCCCAGGACUAAGAGCUGGUUACUUUUAAGCCUUUUUAGAAUUUGGAAAUGAAACACCUUAACUUCUUGUUGUAUUUAUAGUAUAAUGAAAAGGUCCAGGUGUAAAAGAAUCCUAAGCUAAUAUCAUUUUGCGCUCGCUGUAUGACCCAAAAUUAAGAGUUCCUCCUUUCUUAUCAAUUUGAGGAUUAUAUUAACCUGGCCCCAUACUUAUUUAAGGUAAUAAAAAAUGGGAUUGAAUUCUAAGUAUUAAAGUAUUGAUACUUUUUGGCAAUAUU